AUGAAUGCAAUGGCUCUUUUGCAAACAACAAGUGGCAAUAAACGGUUCGAGGUUAUAUCAGUUAAUCUUUUUGGGCCAUUGCCACAAACGGAAGGUGGAUUCCAGUGGAUUUUGAUAGCAGAAGAUGUUGCCUCGCGUUGGGUCGAAGUUUUUCCUCUACGUGAAGCUACUUCCGAAGCCUGCGCAAAGACACUAAUAGACGAAAUAUUUCUACGUUACGGUAUACCUCGUCGACUGAAAUCUGAUAAUGAUGUCCAGCAUAUACCUUCCAUUAGAUUUGCAAUGAACAGCGCCAAAUGCCAAAGCACGAGUUUUACUCCAGCGUAUCUCACUUUUGGACGAGAAAUGCGAACUCUUGACGAUGUACAACAUGAUGUUCGGGCAAUAGUAGAGAGCGAAACUUUUAUUCCACAAAUUUCCCUUUAUCUUCGAAACAUCACUGAGAAUUUAAAGCCAGCAAAAGAAAUUGAGCAGCGUCUUCAAGACAAGAACAAAACUUUCGUUGAUAAACACAGACGUCCCCAAACUAGUGACAACGCACACUCUGAGUCAAGCAGCACGGGGCAUACAGCGAAAUUCGUGCCCAAAAGAGAUGGUCCUUACGUUAUUGCACGGAAGAUUGGUUCAACCUCGUACGAGAUUGCAUCCCGGGAAAACCUAAACAUGCCGUUAGGUACAUAUCAUGUGUCCCCUCUCACAUUAUAUAGUAUAAGGGCACUGAUAGGAAGAACCUCCCAAUCCUCUCCAGCCUUUGAAGAAGCGUGGCCGACCAAAGAAAAGCCGUAA